UGCAGGUGGCGCCAUCGGCUGCUCGGCACAGCGAUGGGAAGGAGCUGGGCUGGGUGCUCUUGGUUCGGACGGGGCUCCCCAGCCUGGCCUGCGGCUCUGCAGAUCCCUGCGGCGGACGAGCCCCUCCGGAGUGCCUGCCCCCCGGUCGUCCCUGCCUGGUGCCUGGGGAGCAGGGCAGGCCCUGACCCUCACCCCUGAGCAGCCCCGCCCCAUGGACCUUGCCCCCCCCCGGCUCUGCCUCCCAUCCGUCCCCAGCGCUUGGAGCGGGCGCCAUGGCAACGGCUGCAGGCAGCGCGGAGGCAGCCCUGAGCGAGUGACGAGCCGCCGGCGCUGGCACCUGGGCACAGGCGAUGGGCAGCGGGCGUGUGGUGCUCUGGGCCCUGCCUGCCUGCAGCUGAGGGGAGCCCCCGGCCCCCAGCCCAGCCACCAUGGUGAUGUCCCAGGGCACCUACACCUUCCUCACCUGCUUCGCCGGCUUCUGGCUCAUCUGGGGCCUCAUCGUCCUGCUCUGCUGCUUCUGUAGCUACCUGCGGCGCCGCGUGAAGAGCCAGCAGGAGGAGCGGCUGCGGGAGCAGAACCUGCGCGCGCUGGAGAUGGAGCCGCUGCACUACGAGGGCUACUCGGGCAGCCCCCCCGGCAUGGCCAUGGCCAUCCCUCCCCGGCUGCGCAUGGAGCCGCGCCACCCCCCCGGCCCGCCCCCCCGGCCCUGGAGCUACAGGCACGAGUCGGAUCUGUCCAAGCCCCCGUGCUACGAGGAGGCGCUGCUCAUGGCUGAGCCGCCACCGCCCUACAGCGAGGUGCUCAUGGACACGCGGGGGCUAUACCGCAAGAUCAACGCCCCCUUUCUGAGCCACGAGCGCCCCGAGAAACAGGAGCAGCCCCCCAGCUACAAGCCCCUCUUCCUGGACCGAGGUUACAGCACAGCCCUGCACCUGCCCAGCUCUGCCAGCCAGGGCCCGGCCUUCUACCUGGAGGCCGAGCGUGCCCAGCGCAUGUUCCCCAGCUGGAUGGACUCCGAGCUCAGCAGCAGGGACACGUAUGAACCUGGGGCCUGGCACCUCCCUGUCUCCAUGCCCUUGUUUGGCAGGACUACGGCGGUUUAGGGGCCUGCCGGGCAGAGUGCCACACUGGAGCCUGCAUGGACUGGGGCUGCAGCAGGGCCUGCCUGAUCCGAAGCUGCCCGUUCUCCUUGGGAGCCCGCCCUGGGCCCCACCUCAGGGCUAGUGCAAACCCUGCCUGGACAAUGUGAAGCGCUGCCUGCUGCGGCCAGUGUGUGAGGGGCUGGUCCCCAUCUCGCCCUUGGUGCUGACUGGGGCUCCGAGCAGGCCCUGCACUCGGCUCUUUCCUAGUUUGUUUGUUACAGUUUGAGAAUAAAAGUUUGUGGCACCAGA